AUGGCAGCGGAUUCCUUUGCUUUGUGGGGCGCUUCUCUAUGUUGGGGAGAUGAGGAAUUGUGCUCAGCACAGCGUUCAGACGUGUGCGGCGCACCGGUUGCCUGUGCUGAAACGCUCCCAGGCGAGAGGUGCGACCAGCAUUGGCUACGGCACGGGGUGAAGGGCGCGAACGAGCCGCCCAUCCUCUCCACACAGGACAUCCUGAACCAUGAGGCCUCCGUGGAUUGUGCGCCCAGAGCAGCCUCCUUGCGGUCCAGGAAAGAUGGCUGCGAGAGCACUGGCGUUGAGGCACAAGAGCCUUCUCCGAAUUGGCGGGCGGACCAGACCAAUGGCGCUGAGGGUGUGAGUGACCGGUCGAGUGUCUCAUGGGCACUGCCGCCCGAG